AUGCAGUCCACAAAGAAGCCCUACUUCGGGCUAACUGGAGGAUGGUUAACAUUCUGGGUGGCGGUAGCUUGUGCUACAGACAUGACCCUAUUCGGAUACGACCAAGGUGUUAUCAGUGGUGUGGUAGUGACUCCAGAUUUCCUUCACGUUCAUGGUCUAGUCGGCCCCUCGAAAACAAAGAUUCUUUCGACAGUUGCUGCCAUCUAUGAUGUUGGCUGUUUUCUCGGGGCUCUCCUUGCUUUUACCAUUGGCGAGCGGCUGGGCCGUAAGAAAAGCAUCCUCUUAGGAUGCACGAUUAUGACAGUUGGGACUCUUCUUAUGUCCUCUUCACACAGUCUGGCCCAGAUAUUUGUUGGCCGCAUUGUACUGGGAGUCGGCAACGGUAUCAGCACAGCCACAGCUCCAGUCUGGCAAACCGAAACCGCGCAGGCUAAAUGGAGAGGAAAGCUAGUGAUCCUUGAAAUGGGGUUGAAUGUCGGUGGGUAUUGUAUUGUCAAUUGGAUCAAUUAUGGCCUGUCUUCCCGUGGAGGUCCUAUUGCAUGGAGGCUACCGAUUGCCUUGCAGCUUUUCUUUAUUGCGGUCCUAUUUGCCACAGUUCCAUGGCUUCCUGAAUCUCCAAGAUGGCUUCUGUCUCACGGCCGCGAAGAGGAAGCCCUUGAAGUCCUCGCCUGCAUUGAAGCCAAGUCCAUUGAUGAUCCCCAUAUUGCCACUCAAUGUGACGAAAUCAAGUUUGGCAUUAAAUAUGAGCACGAGAAUGCCAUCAAAUGGCGAGAUCUUAUACGUCCGAAUAAGAGCGAUGGCACGAAGACCCUCCGCCGGCUGCUUCUAGGCGCUGGUACGCAAGCAAUCCAGCAAUUCCAAGGAAUCAACAUCAUGAGCUAUUAUCUCCCGUUGGUCCUGAUGAACUCAGUCGGACUCUCGGAUCACAUGGCUCGACUCCUAACUGCCUGUAACGCAACGUCGUAUUUCGUCUUCUCGUGUGUUGCGGUUACAAUGAUCGAGCGAUUUGGACGGCGAGGCCUCAUGCUUAUGUCCGGGUUCGGCCAGUUCGUUUCGUUCUUGAUCAUUACAAUUCUCCUAUGCCUUGCAGAGAGAAACAAGGUUUUCGCCACGGCCUCGGUUGCGUUCUUCUUUCUGUACCAUAUAGCCUUCGGAAUAGGAAUGCUCGGUGUGCCAUGGCUUUACCCGACUGAAAUCAACUCUCUGCCUAUGAGAACCAAAGGAGCGGCAGUUGCGACUGCAACAAACUGGAUCACCAACUUCGCCAUCGUUGAAAUUACCCCAAUUGGGAUUCAGAGUAUUGGAUGGCGAUUCUGGAUUGUAUGGACUGUUCUCAACGCAGUCUUCUUGCCAGUUAUUUACUUCUUCUAUCCCGAAACAGCAAACCGAACAUUGGAGGAUGUAGAUGCGUAUUACCGUUCCGAUCCGCCGUUGAUUGUGGUGAAGGAUCCAGAUGCCAUCUCAACCAAGCGUCCGCUCAAGUUUAUUGAGCACGAGGACGAGGAAGUCCAGAGGAAAGCAAAAGAUACUCACUCAGUUCUCUUUAAGAGUAGCGACUCGACUUACGCGGAGCAUUUGAAUUGA